AAUGGAAAGGGAUGUUUGUGAUCUUUCCUCAACAUGGGAUGGUGAUAAUGGCAAUUCUGUGGAGAAAAGGCUCAGGUUAUUUGGCUUUGAGCUAAAUCCAUCCAAGAAUACCGAGGGUUGUGUCAAAGAGUCUGGUGAAGGAGAUGAAAGUGUGAACUCCUCUAACUCGGUUUCAUCAGGAGGAGAAAAAACUGUCCAAGAGAAAAGCUCAGCCAAAGACUCGGAUGAGAGAAAGUUUGAGUGCCAAUACUGUUUCAAGGAAUUUGCAAACUCACAAGCAUUAGGAGGUCAUCAAAAUGCCCACAAGAAAGAGAGAAUGAAGAAGAAAAGAUUGCAGCUUCAAGCUAGAAAGGCUAGCAUAAACUACUACCUACAACCUUUUCAAACCAACCAUGGCUUUGCAUACCAUGGCUCUGAUACUCCUUGGUUCUAUGAUCCCUCUUCCUAUAAUUCCGAGUUCACCCUUUGUGAAGAACCUCAGAUUAGCUUCAAUUCAAAUGUUUUAGAUACCAACUUUUCUUAUGAUCACAAAUCUAGUCGGUAUUCUCUACCAUCCCGCCCUCCUUCCCAACAAGAUACUUGUAUGUUUACUUUCUCUAAUACAAAUAAUAGUCCUUUCAUCAUUAAGCCUUGCCACUUCCCUCCUUCAAACCAAAGCCGUAGUAAAGCUUUAGAUCUUCAACUAGGCCUCAACUUGCAGUCAAACACAAGAAGCUCUUUGAGAAGGGCGUGACUUAUUGUA